AUGCAUGCAAAGCGUAAUAUACCAGGCAGAGUUGCUUUGAGCUCAGUCUCACUCCUUCUUUUGUCACUUUUGCUUCUCCAUUACUCUUUCAUCCCAUCCUUCCCUCUAUCAUCUUGGAAUUCUCCUGUUGUUGGCCUCGACGAUGACUUUCAUAACUCUUUACCCCUUGAUCCUCUUAUCAAAAGAGAGGAUGCCAAAGUCGAUGUCUUCAAGAAGGCUUUCGACAAGGGCAAAGGGCUCCUUUGUGAUAUGGGCAAGUCACAAGAGGAGCUCGAGGAGGAAUAUGGAAAGUCAAUGGAGUCACCAUCCUACCUCCAGAAAUCUGGCAUAGAGGAGAAUGAAGGCUGGGAAAUAGAGUCCGAUCCCCAGCCCAGCUUCAAGGACUAUCUUAAUGAAGCUCUGACAGCUCUUGGAGUAUCUGAUGAUCUUCAUCAUCAGAGCUGGAUGCACACGUCGGGAGGAAUCAUCUCAACCACUAAUCCGGGGGACUUGGCGAGCGGAACAAGCGGCGAGGAUACAGGUGCCUACUUUAGAAACUCUUUUGCUGUUAAUCCUGGUGUCAUAAUUGCUGAUGUCAAUUAUGCCGUCUCCGCUACCGGAAAUGAUGACGGCAAGAAGCUAGUUACUCAUGUCAAAAAGUGGAGUGAUGCUACCUGGAUGCAAUGGGAUAGGGUCUGCACUGAAGCUGACGGUGAUGUCAAAGAUCUGAAGUACUUUAUUCGUUCCAAGAUCGCGAAUUACGCCACUCUCGAAAUAAUACUCAGGGCCAUCCUCUCCAGACACGAGAGAAACCCAAGAAGAAACAAAAAUACGAUCGGAACCUGGAAGAACAAAAUAACAUUCACUUCCGCAAAGGACAAAGAGGAGUUCCCCGCCAUCCUUGGUAGUCCUAAUGGAGCGGGCGCAGCUUUCAUGUUGAUCAACCACAAGAAACGGCUCGGGGUGAAGACUAUCAAAAGGAUCGACGUGUUUGUUCCGGAAGGGAGUUUCGAAGUCACUGAGACUGAGGUUGGGGAGAACCACGAGCAGUGGAAUGUUAUGAUGCUGAUGUAUAUUGUCAACCCUUGA